CCUACGAGAAAGGGAAGUGAUUUUGUUGUUACCACGUUUCACCGUUCUAAUAAUCUAACAUCAGAAUGAAGACAAUGGGAGUAUCCAUACACAAAUGUAGUUUGAUAAGAUCUCGUGUUUGUUUUUCUUUCCUCUUCCUCAGUAACAUUAGACCGAUGAAAGCUGCGCGGUCAAGCCCACAUCUCCAAACUGCAUCAGCCUGAUUUAGACUAGAUGAUGACUAGAUGAGACAGCAUAUGCUCGUGUGUGUGUGUGUGUGUGUGUGUGUGUGCGCGCGCUGCUGCCGCUAUUAUAGUUGUCAAACAAGUCUUCGCCCGAAACAAGGGGAUGGGAGUAUAAAGACCGUGGUUUGAGAAGGACUAAGCGAUGGAGCAGGGGUCAGAGGAGAACAUGGAGAGCUCAUGGACUCUGCUCUCCUGGCUGGCUUCUGCAGUGAUGGUGUUUGGGGGUGCGGUUCCUUACGUCCCCCAGUACCAGGAGAUCCAGAGGACCAAUAACACAGAGGGUUUCUCAACAAGAGUCUGUCUGGUGCUGCUCGUUGCUAAUAUACUUCGCAUUUUUUUCUGGAUAGGCAAGCAGUUUGAGCUGCCUUUGCUCCUGCAGAGUGUGGUGAUGAUUCUCACCAUGUUGGCUAUGCUACAUUUGUGCUGUUCCAUCCAGAGCAGCAACCGUGUCAGUACUAAACAGCACCACAUCACAGAUUUGGACCUUCGGUAUUUUUGGAGCUGGAGUUCUUUUGAGGACUAUCUGAUGUUCUGCUUUGCCUUCACGCUGCUGUGUGCUUUCGUAACGUUCCUUUUUCUGGACUGGGUCCUAUUUGUGGAGGCCCUGGGCUCUUUGGCUGUAAUGUUUGAAGCCAUGUUGGGACUGCCUCAGCUGCUGCAGAACUACAACAACCGCUCCACCCGAGGCAUGAGCGUAAAGAUGGUGCUUUUAUGGACAGCUGGUGACAUCUUUAAGACCACGUAUUUCAUGAUCAAUGAAAGCCCCACCCAGUUCGUGGUCUGUGGUGCAGUACAGAUCUUAAUUGACAUUGCCAUUCUGCUCCAGGUGGGCUACUACAGCCAGGACACCAGAAUCAAACUGGGCUGAGAUCACUACAAUAAUGAUGGUGAUCAACACUCCUAAAUUAGGACAUUCUAUGUGCUACUUACCUGCAAAACUACAUGCUUUUACUUUUCCAAAAAAAAAAAUAAUAAUAAUAAUACACAGUGGGGUUCAAAAGUCUGAAAUUGCUGGUGAAAAUAGUUCUAUUUUGCUUUUCUCUCAUUUAAUAUAAAUUAAAUUUAAUGUUUAUAUUUAAUAAUAUACUUAUUUCUUAUUUUAUCUAAUGUUUUUAUUAGAAAGUGCCUUAUUAGCAUGAAAAUUUGAGUGAAAAGUUACAUUGAAAAUGUUAAUUUAUUUGGAGGAAAAAAAAACCAUUUAGUUGUAUUAGAUUUAUUAGUUGCAAUACUUCUUGGUUUCCUUUUUUUAAUCCUAAAACUUCUAUUAAAUUUAUUUUUAAUUUGAUUUGAUUUUGCAUCCCAGAUUUUCAAUUUGGUUUCAGUCUGUUGAACCCUGCUAGAUAGAUAGAUAGAUAGAUAGAUAGAUAGAUAGAUAGAUAGAUAGAUAGAUAGAUAGAUAGAUAGAUAGAUAGAUAGAUAGAUAGAUAGAUAGAUAGAUUUUUUAGAUUUUUUAAUUCAACAAAUGCAUUCAGGGAUUUUAUUUUAUUUAUUUUUAUUUAUUUAUUUAAAAAAAAAAAAAAAUUGGCCUCUGUCAGUUAGUCACAUCUUACCAAACACCAAGUUUUUCAUUCAAAGAAAAGUGAACAGGCCUUAUAUGCACAGGUUAGACAUCUUUUUACCUUUUUUAAAUCAACCAAGAAAAAAAUAAAAACAUUUAAGUCCAGCCAACAGAUUCACUACAAGCUGACAAAUGAAUGCCCCUUCACUUUAUUUUUUUUAGAUUAUUUGUAUUUUGCUAGCUUUUGUGAGAGCCAAUAUGCUCUUAGUUUUCUUUAAGUGCUGGGAAAUGCAUGUGCCAAAUGUGUCUGCCACAUCCUGGAUUCAAACUGCUAGCUCACUUUUUUUACAAUUUGUGUUCCUUUUUUUUUUUUUCAUUUUAAAGCACUUAAAUCAUUGUUACUUGUAUAGUUGCACACACAAAUCCAUAUUUUAAGCAGCAGAUUAAUGUUAUACUUUUAAAUCUAAGCCUUUGAGUCAAAACUAGUUGCUGAUGAAUGAUUACCUAACUUUAAUUACCAAACCAUAUCAGUGGAAAUGCACAAGGCCAUGCCAUAAAUAUAUAAUGCCAUAAAUAUAUAAUGCACAACUGAUUUAUCAUGUAUGAUUGCAAUGCAAAUGAGAAAAAAGACAGAUUUGUUCUGUUUGGUUAAUAAAGAUCAAAAGUAAAGUCCCUUUUCCCAUUAAUUUCAGGUAAUUUUAGUGUACUGUUAAUGCCAGUGUUUUGUAAAAUAUGUUUUUUUAUCCAUGGUUUUUGGUUUAGAAAAGUAGAAUUAAAAAUGUGUAAUGUUCCAAUGAAAAAGCAGUUGCAGUUCGUAGUAACCACACAAAGCCAAUGAUGGACAUCUUUGAGCCAUUGGGUUCAUAGUCCACUAUGACAAUGAAUACUGUGCCUCAACCAGUCAUAUAUCAUCCAUGUUUAUCCAUGCAUGUCACACCAAGAUGAAGGGCAGCCUAUUCACAAAUAUUGACAUUUAGACUGUUUUUAUGUCUAAGUUGAUGGGACCGGUGAGAAAAAAAUGCAGUCGCAUCAACUCAGAUGCUUCUGCGGUUGAUCAGAUAUGAGGAGACCUCAUCAUAAAAUAGUUCCACUCUAUUAAGUUACCACUCACACCAGCACUGAGUUUUGUGCUAUUUAUCACCGCAAAGAAAAGGUCACUAUAACUUUAAAUCCCACUAUAGUCCCAGGCUGCUCAGGGAGGGCUAUAGAUGUAGCCUUAAAAAAGCACUUUCAGAUUCCAUCUCAGUUUUGGCUUUCUUUCUGCCCAUGUUUAACCGUAGGGAUUUCAACAUGUCCAUGGACUGAUUAAGCCCGUUGGCUCCUUUAGCAUUAGUUGAUCGUCAAAGUUUAGCCGUUGGUUAUUACAGAUGGUCACAAAGCCUCAGCUGUUUACUCCGUGCAUGGGCAGCUUUAUUGGCUUUAGCUCUCAUUGUGCUAAGACUUUGUGUGUGAUAAAUAUUUGUUCUGUUGUGCUGUUAACCGACAUAUCAACAUAUCUGACCCCAGCAAAGGUCAAAACCACCAACAUAUUUAGUCACAGGAUGUGUGAGCCCACUCUCUUCCGAAUAAAAUACAUUGCAUUAAUGCUGUUCUAUGCAAUACAUAUGUUUGAAAAUCUUAUGGAAAUAUGUACUUUUGUACAUUUUAAGUUAAUAUUGUGUAAAAACAAUAUUGUGUAAUGAUAUAAGUGUAUGUUAAAAAGUUCCAUUCAAAAGUUUGGGGUCCUUUUUUUUGUUGUUGUUUUUGGAUAAGAAGAAAUGUCUUUUGAGCACCAAAUGUAGCAUAUAAGAAUGAUUUCUGGUCAUGUGACACUGAAUACUGGAAUAAUGGCUGCUGAAAAUUCAUAAUAUUAUUUAUCCUACCAUCCUCAAACUUUUGAAUGGUUGUGUUGAUGGUAUUUUUUAUUUUUUUUUUGUCCUGACUCACACCAAUACACUCCUUAAGAGGAAAGAUUUAUUGAUCAGAGGUUGUGCUUUCAUAACUCAGGAGACAUUUUGGGAGUAUUAUCAGUUAAGAUUAUCGCUUUUUCAUUUAAAUUUUCUUAGGAACAGUAAAAACAAUGAAACAAUGGCGGACUGAUGACAGUCCAGUCGGUGCUGAAAUGCUACUGUCAAUCAAACUAUUGUGGGAGGGGCCUGUUUUUGUGAUGUCAAACAGACAGGCAUCUGAGAUUGGCUCGAAUUGAGAAAGGGCAAAUGAUUUAACAAGAUUUAAAAAAAAAAAAAAUUCUGGGUGGAUUUUUUUUUCAUUAUAGGGUGGUUGUGUGCACACACUGCCAACACACAUUUCAGUUCAAACAACUUGUAAAAGUGCAUGUAGCAUCCGAUAACCCCUUUAAUACCUCACUUUCACCAAAAAAUAAUAAUAAUUGUAAUCCAAAGACUUCAUGGAUAUGUUUCUGCUGUGUCUGUUUGUUUCCAGUUUUCAGUGUUUUGUUAGUUGCACAUGACUGCUGCAGUAAAUAGCUUUGCCAAGCUUUGUAAUUCUCCCAUCAUCAGUGAGGAAAUCGCACUGAUGAGCAAGAUAACGCUCUAUUAUGUGUUUAAUGUCGUGUGAUAAUGAUCAUUUAAUGUUGCCUUAAUGGUCUGAACAUUUUUGUCAUUCAGGUCAAGAAGGUGCCUUUAAAAGUGACAUGACAAAUAAUCUUUACUUGUCAUUAUUUCUACAGCAUUAUGAACAUAAUUAUUACUUUUUCAGGAUGUUAUGGCAUUAUGUACGGGAUAUAUGUAUAUGUGUGUUUGUGUGAGUUCGCACACACAUUAAAUGACUGGGAUGUUACUAUAUAAAAUAAUCCAUGUAAAAAUAAAAACAUAAAAUAUGAUAUCCAAACAAUACUCUGUAUUUUUGUCCUUUAUUUAUUUUGUCCUCGUAUCCUGUUGUGUGAAUACCACAUUGUCAGCAUGUUAUGUAAGAAUAUCUGUAUUGCUUGUUGAAUGUUUUUUGUUUGUUUUUUGCUGGAUUUUUUAUCUUUGCAGAGCUCCAGCGACAUACUUGAUUUAAUAACAUAUGAUGCAUGAUUGCAUAUUUGAAAUUACAUGUAAAUUGCUUGUGUGACCAGUGUAGUGGGGUGUAAAAUUGAAAAACCAAAUUCCAUCGUUUCCAGUUUCUGUACUGAGCGUGUGUGACAGAAGAAAGUGAAUGACCAUUACUACUAAUAAAGUCAGCUUCAAAUGAUCAGAAGGGGUUCAUACUGCACUCUGUCCCACAGUCCUGAACUUAACAGUACUGCACUUUACAAGGCUGCAUAAUCAGUUGGUGUCAGCAGUGAAAGAGACUCGGUAUGAAAUAUUCAAGGUUGUGGAGGAGACUGGAUUAUAUAUGAGAGACUAAGCCUGCAGAAUACCUGUAUCCCUCCAUUAAUCGAAAUCCCAUACAUUAAUGAUAUGGUACAGGAUGUCACAUUGAUAACUGCGGGAAUCCGGGGUGUUCUUGGUCAGAAUGGGGACGUUCAGGUGGGCGGUAGAGAGGAGCCUGACGCAGGGACAGGGAAAUGAUGGAUUGAGUUUCCACAUUUGCUCGUUUUAAUCUCCUUCUGUAGACACAGUCCAUUACAACAAUGAAAGCAGACGUUUCACGUUUCAGAGGCUUCAGCAGCACAAAGUAAAGCAAGAACUGACAGUUAACGAUAUGUUAGUCAGGUCAGAUUUAACUCCAAAAUCAUUACAUUUCCAUAUACAC